GGGGGUUACCGGUGGUGAGCUUGUCGGCGGCUUGCUUUUGGUGGUGCUCACGGGCUAUCCGGGCGAACAUGGUGGCGGGUUUAUGGGUCUUGACACUCGAGGGUGAGCAGUAGUGCGAAGGUGAUUACGGUGGCCAACGAAGGAAGAUGGUGCUGUGUGAUGUGUGUUGUGUGAUGAGCACGAGAAGUGUGAAUCCGCGUGGGUUGCGGCCAUCUUGCUCUCCACCACUCUCCAUCUCUAUCCAACUUCCACCCCGGCGCUCCCACCCACUCAUCCCCAACCUCCAAACAGCAUCGGCAUCUACCGCCACCACAUUCAGAAUACACACAGAGAACCGUCCUCGGCCUCGCGCCCUAAAUCGGCAACCAUGACAGUCCACCCGUACCCCACGCACCCACAAACAACAGAACACCUCGCCCACCCGUCCUCUCUCGCCGCCGACUCCCCACCCUACAUCGCCCAUGCGCACUCUCUCGCCCAACCCUACGCCGGCCGCUUUGGCACUCCGCCGCCGGCCUCGGGCUACGGCACCCCGCCGCCGAUGAUGACUCCCGCGCCAGAGGGAUCGUACCCAUCACACCCUCACGACCCGAACCAACAAUACCAGCAACAACAGCAAUACCAGCAGCAACAACACCUCCCACAACAGCCCUACGCCCCAUCCCACCCCGCCGGCCCACCACAACAAGCGUACUCCGCCUACCCCGCCCAUCUCCGCAACACGCCCCCACCCGCCGGCAACUACCAAGGCCACGUCGCCGGCCUAAACGGGUGGAACGAUAUCCCCUCCCACCUGCUCUCUGGGAUCGCGGGGAAGAAGAAGGGCGGGCCGGGGAGUGUCGGGACAGGGUCGGGCGCGGGGAGCGGGACCGCGACGCCUGUUCCUGCUGCUGCAGCUGCCGGCGGAGUGAAUCCGAGUGUGGGCGAUCCCAAGGCCUAUGUGGUGAGGAUCUUUACGGCGGAAUUGGAUCGGGCCAAGGGGGUUGUUGAUGCAUCACAACGCCGCAUUUUGGAAGACUCGACUAAACGCAUGGAGAACCUGUACGAGCGUAUCAGUUCAGACCAGAUCGCACCGCAUAAUCUGACCCUCACAGUUGAGCUCGCCACCGGUAAGAGGUCGCCCACCCUUCCUUUAACUCUCCCUGUCUUUUUGUUUCUCGCUCACAUCCCUCAUUUGCCACACGCAGCAUUGACGAACCGCGACUACACCUCCGCGACCGCCCUCGUCACCUCGCUCAUGACCACCGCGUUCGAGCAGGAGGGGAAAUGGGUGCUGGGCGCCAAACGGCUCGUGGAGAUUUUGCAGAGGGUUCACUAGCGGGACCACUCUCGCACUACCUGGGGGCAGGGUAUCUGGGGGCGUGAGGAGAGUGCUUGUGGCAUGAGGCAAUUUGGGAAAGGAGGGAAGUGGAUAUGGGCCUCUUUCCGUAGCCUUUCCUUGCGAUGUAGCAUCGAAUCGAUCACGUGAGCGAGCGUGACGCGC